AUGCCUCGCUUCGAAGACGCUGAUCUGGGCGUCGACUCUGCUCGCCCUGCUGAUGCUAACCCUCGCGACACCCGCGCGGGCAGCGGCCUCGCCAUCCCCUCGGAGGGCGGCAAUACCAUUGAGAUCCCCGCCACUCGCAGCUCCAUCAGCGAUGCUGCGCAAUUCAUGCACAACCUGAGCUUGUCCCCCUCGAUGAAGGACCGCCGCGGUUCCCGCAACUCCUUUGGCACUUCGCUGCCCAUCCCGCGCUCUCCUCGUCACUCCCGCCUGUCUUCGGCUCGCCGCCCUGGUGCUACCUCCGUCUCUCGCGACAUCCUGGCCUCUCAGGUUCAGGACAUGUCCAAGGAGAAGGUCGCCACCGCGAAGAACAUGGCGUUUGCCUUUGACAUUGACGGUGUGCUGGCACACGGCAAUGAGCCCAUCCCGGAAGCCAUUGAGGCCCUGAAGAUGCUUAACGGCGACAACGAGCUGGGCAUCAAGAUCCCCUACAUCCUCCUCACCAACGGCGGUGGUAAGACUGAGGUCGCCCGUUGCGAGCAGCUCUCGGAGAUUCUGGAGUGCCCCAUCUCCACCGACCAAUUCAUCCAGUCGCACACUCCCAUGCAGGCCCUGGCAGAGUACUACGAGACCGUUCUCGUGUGCGGUGGUGAGGAUUACAAGGUCCGUGAGGUUGCCGAGAGCUACGGCUUCAAGAACGUCGUUCACCCCAAGGAUGUCCUGGCUUGGGAUCCCACCGUCUCACCCUGGCGCUGCUUUUCGGAGAAGGACCGCGCGGACGCUAAGCCCCGCGACUUCUCCAAGAUGAAGUUUGACGCCGUCCUUGUCUUUGCCGACUCCCGUGACUACGCCACUGAUAUGCAGCUGAUCAUGGAUCUUCUUCUUGCUGAGGACGGCAAGCUCCUCACUCGCGCCAAGGACCCUGUCGCCAGCCGCAUCCCCAUCUACUUCUCCCAGGGUGACCUUGUCUUCCCCACCGAUCACAAGGGCCCUCCCCGUCUGACCCAGGGUGCCUUCCGUAUCUCCAUCGAAGCUCAGUACAAGGCCCUCACUGGCGUUGAUCUGGAGCGUGUCGUUUAUGGCAAGCCUGAGCGUGCCACCUACACCUACGCCGAUGAGGUUCUCAAGUCCUGGAUGGAACAGAUCCACAACGAGAACCGUCUGCCUGAGAACGUCUACAUGGUCGGUGACAACCCCCAGUCCGACAUCAUUGGCGGUAACAUGUAUGGCUGGAAUACCUGCCUGGUCCGCACUGGUGUCUUCCAGGGCAAGGAGGGCGAGAACGACCCCAACAACCCCGCCAACUUCGGUGUAUUCGACAAUGUCCUCGAGGCUGUCAAGGCUGCCGUCCGCAAGGAGCUGGGUCAGGACUUCAAGCUCAAGUGGAACCCCAAGGUCAACCCUGUCACUCACGGUGAGGGUCUCUCGGCUGUUGAGUAA